GUCAUGUUUGUGGGUCUCGUUUUGUAGCACGCUGUAAACCCGCACUCAGUGCGUAAAAGCUAAAAAGCAAAAAUUUUCUUUUUUUACCACUUUCAAGGUUUGCAUGUUAGUUUGCAAAAUUAUCAUUUUUGACACCGUUAUUUCUAUUUAGCAAAGAAAGCUUAUUAUUUGAGACGACUGUGUGGCAAGUAACGCCGCAAGUUUGCUGCAUCGCUGAACCCCGUUUACGGUCACAGAUUUGGGUAAAUGCUUACUAGAAAUAUAGAAUUCAUUGUUUAUAAAUUUUGAACCUUUGGUUCUGAUGGUAUUUAUGAAUAAUUGACCAGUUUACUCUCCUUUGGAAUUUGGUAUCACUGUCAGGAUCGCCAAUGGUAGCGUUGUUGAAGGUUAGGGCCCGUUAGGCCUAAGGGAUCCGCAAAACGGUGAUAGAUCGGACAGGUGCAUCAGUAAGGUACGGGAACUGGCAAAGGGACUUUUCGCCCUCGUCCCGAUGACCAGCUGGAUCUGGAUGAACCUAUUUUUGUGGAGACACGGCUAACCAACAAAGCAACUAGCAACUGUCAACGUUAUUAUCAGUGAACAGCAUGGAACCGCUUCUUCCUUCCGAUUCUGUUUCCAUAUCUAUUGUUCGCAGCGCCUGGAACGGCCGAGAUUAUGGAAAUAAUCUUUGCUUCCGUCGAUUUUGGUUUGUUAAAGAUAGCUGCGGAAUCGUGUGCGCAGUUUUUACAUGGUUACUUUUGGCAUACGCUGAAUUUACCGUGAACACUGUUAUUAUUUCUUCGGCUAUCGCUCGUGAUGCUAUUGGAUACGCUGUCUUCAAUGGGAUUUUAUUUAACGGGCUGCUUCUGUGCGCCUUUUUAGCGCAUCUGAGGACUGUAAUGACGGAACCGGGUAUUGUGCCUCGUAAUACCGCCUCAGACGAGCAAAUAAAAGCUUUGGAUUUGGGACCUGGGACAGUUUUGAUCCGUUGUCCGAAAUGUGUCAGUAUUAAACCCUCUCGCGCUCAUCACUGCAGCAUAUGCAGGCGGUGUGUGAGAAAAAUGGACCAUCACUGCCCAUGGGUGAAUAACUGCGUGGGAGAAAACAACCAGAAGUUCUUCGUUUUGUUUACGAUGUAUAUUGCGCUUGUGUCAUUGCAUGCCAUCAUUCUGGUCGUUAAUCAGUUCAUCCUUUGUGUGGAUAAGGAAUUUGUUGGAUGCAGCGCAAUGAACCCUCCGGCAUCUAUUAUUCUUUUAAUAUUUUUGCUGUUCGAAGGACUCCUUUUCUUCCUUUUUACGGUUAUCAUGUUCAGCACUCAGGUGUGCUCAAUAUGGAACGAUGAAACGGGUAUUGAACAGCUGCAAAAUGACCGUGAGCGGUCUUGGGCGAGACGGCAAAGGUGUCAGGGUCUGCGCAGUGUUUUCGGUGACCGAUUCUCCAUGUGGUGGUUGUCGCCGCUGUCCCCGCCUCGUAUAGGUCACGAGAAACCCUAUCAGUAUUCCGUCUUGGCGACUAUGGAUGAUUUGUCUGGUAUCCCGUGAAAUAUUGAGCAAGCUCUGCAAUUUAUUUCGCAUGGGAUGUUUUGAACUUUUUGGUAUCGAUUAGCAGCUGAUUUCUUCCAUUUCGAAUUGCACACUCUUGAAAUUAUGGAUUUUUUUAGACGCGUUACAGUUCGGCUGGGUUUAAGUAGAUCUCGGAAUUUUGUGGAGAUUCGUUUUAGUGAAGGUAUUUUUGUGGGGUUUUGUACUAUAUUUCUUAUGGGUCGUGAUAUAUGAUGCCGGUGGGAAAGUACGUCUUUGGGUGCCAUAAAUGUGUGAAUAAAUCACUAAAAAUGAAUUAUCUUUUUACCAGA